CGAUCUUAUGGAACAUAGAAAUAACUGAAUUUGAUAAUGAUGAAACUCAUAAUUGUGAUCUUUGUACUCUUUUCCUUCAUUUUCGCGACUCAUUCUCAGCCACCUCAGUCGGCAUCGAAUUCAGCAAUCUCAGAUGAUUCCUCUAAUGAUCAAGAAUCAUCCCUCGAUAAUCCAACCGUUACUACAAGUGAUGUUCAAACUGAUAUUUCCGACGAAAGUUCGGAUGUACCAACUGAUAACAAUUCCGAUGAAAAAGAUGUGUUCAUUUCAUCUAGUGAUAAUAGUGAUGAUCACCAAGUAACUAAAUCUUCGUCAUCUAAAUCCUUUUCGCCGAGCGUUGAUACAGUUGUCAAUGAUUCAGCAUUCAAUGAUCAAGAUAGAUCAAAUGAAAAAACAACAAGCGAUAAUAAUGAUAAUAAUAGUCCGCCAACUAUAGACAUUGAUAAAUUGAUUGAAAAAAAAUCACCUGAAGAAGUCGUUAUAACAUUAAAAAAAUUGGCUAAAAAAGGCAGUGAUGAAGCGAAAUUGAAAUUGGCCAUCACAUAUUUUUAUGGUAAUCCUCUACUUGAUUUGGAUACAUCUUUUGAAUAUUUCCAAGAAUUAUCUGCUAAAGGAAAUAGUCUAGCGCAUCUGUAUCUUGGAUUUAUGUAUGCCAUUGGAUUGCCACCGGUAAAAGCCAAUCAAGCAAAAGCUCUAUUGUAUUAUACAUUCGCUUCGCUUGCAAAUCAUACGUAUGCCCGGAUGGCACUUGGUUAUCGCUAUUGGUCAGGGAUAAGUGUCGCAUCCAAUUGUCAAUUCGCUUUGUCCUAUUAUCGUAAAGUGGCUAAAGUAGUUGAGCAAAGCUAUACGUUUUCAAAUAAUCCAUCAAUACAACGGAUUCGAAUCUUAGACGAAGCGGAGAAUUCCGGUCCUUAUCACGGUUCACUUGAUGAUGAUUUGAUUCAGUAUUACCAAUUUUUGGCCGAUAAAGGCGAUAUUAGUGCCCAGGUUGGUCUUGGCCAAUUACAUUUUCAAGGCGCACGUGGUGUCGCUCAAAAUCAAUACCGAGCUUUUCAUUAUUUUACUAUGGCUGCAGAAUCGGGCAACACCAAUGCUAUGGCAUAUCUGGGAAAGAUGUAUUUGGAAGGAAAUAAAGUUGUCGAACAAAGUUCUGAAAAAGCAUUGAAAUAUUUCAAAAUGGCUGCAGAUAAAGAGAAUCCGAUUGGGCAAAGUGGAUUAGGAAUAAUGUAUCUCCAAGGACGUGGUGUAAACAAAGAUUUUAAAAUGGCAUUGAAAUAUUUCUCUGCUGCCGCUAUGCAAGGCUGGGUAGAUGGCCAACUAUAUCUAGGUAUAAUGUAUCUUAAUGGCUAUGGUGUUUCAAAAGAUUACAAAGCGGCCAUCGAAUAUUUCAAAAUGGCCCUGCAAUCUGGACAUUUAAUUGCAUUCUAUCAUUUGGCCGAAAUGCAAGCAACAGGUACAGGUACUCUUCAAUCGUGUUCUACAGCUGUAGAACUUUUCAAAUCUGUCUGCGAACGCGGCGAAUGGGGAACUUUGCUUAUGGAAGCACACAACGAUUAUAAAGAAGGUCGUCGUUCUAAUGCGUUUAUCAAAUAUGCCGUUCUUUCCGAACUUGGCUAUGAAGUAGCUCAAAGCAAUGCAGCAUUCAUGUUGGAUCGGGAUGAAGUUGGAGAUCUUUUUGAUAAACAUGAAAUCUAUAAUCGUGCUUUCAUGUAUUGGAGCCGUUCAGCAUCUCAAGGCUAUUCGAUAGCCCGAGUCAAAUUGGGUGAUUAUCAUUAUUAUGGCUUAGGCACAAAAGUAGAUUAUGAAAUGGCGGCCAAUCAAUAUCGGAUAGCAUCGGAAUUGCAAAACAAUGCUCAGGCAUUAUUCAAUUUAGGCUACAUGUAUGAAAAGGGGCUUGGUCUAAAAAGAGAUAUUUACCUGGCUAAACGAUAUUAUGAUUUGGCGGCCGUCACAUCCACCGAUGCUCAAGUUCCAGUUGCACUUGCCCUAAUCAAAUUAUUCUUCGUCUAUUUUUAUGAUCACAUCAAAAACCUUGGAUUUAAAGAUCUAUUCUAUACGCCAAUUAAUUUUGUAUCAUAUCUGGUCGACAAUUAUCUCGGUGAAGAUUGGGACCUAUAUGUUGCAACCAUAUUAGCUCUUAUUUUGGCUACACUUUUUUUCAUUCGUCGACAUGUUGCCCCAGCCGGUGGUUAAUUUAAUAUGAACACUUCAUAUUUUUUUUUAAAUUCUACCUAAGUCUACCUGUUUUCAUUGUCAAUACAUGCACACGCACUCAUUAAUAAUUGGGAGGAAGACUGUAAAUUUGUUAUUAUUUUUACAUAUUUUCAGCCAAUUUGUUUAAUUAAUAAAAUUUAAGAAAUAAUUGAUUAUUA